AGGUUUUGGUGCAGAAUGUCAGACUCCCCACCAUUUUGCCCCAGCAGCAGCGAGUCUCAAGGAUCAAGCCCUCAGGCUGACAUACACACCUGUGACCCCUGUGGGACCUCCUGCCAGCAGAUGGCAGAAUCACAGCAGGAGAGCAACACCUUCAACUCGAGGACUGCGGCGGUGAACAGGAGGCACAGUAUUGAUGGGACCAUCAGUUCAGGACGACGAGGCACUGUUGAUUCUGACCGUUUCCAUCCGUACCGUCGUCCUCUCAGGGAUGAUCUCCAACAGUGCUCGUCCUCCUACAGCUGUUUACAGGAGGUGUGCAGCCCUGACACUUGUUCAGACAGCCCGAGCCACGAGGCGCCAUCAUCCUGGGACCAGUACAAUGGCAGCUUUCAGAUUUCAAGACUUAUGAGUUCAUAUCCAGAACUACCAGCUGUACCAGUGGAGCCCUCCUGCUUCCUGUCUCAAAGCUAUCCCUCCUACAGCUCGCCGAGCUCUCUACAACAGGCCUCAUCAAGACUGUAUGGUAAUAAUGACCAGUCCAACAGCACAAAAUACUCUCUGUCCACUCAAUCACACCAGGAGAGUGUUACACAGUCCCUCUUCCCCAAACCCAUUUACUCAUACAGCAUCUUGAUCUUCUUGGCUCUGAAGAACAGUAGAACAGGAAGCCUGCCAGUCAGUGAGAUCUACAGCUUCAUGACUGAACACUUCCCUUUUUUCAAGACAGCCCCUGAUGGAUGGAAGAACUCUGUGCGUCACAAUCUCUCCUUAAACAAGUGCUUCGUGAAGGUGGAGAACAAAAAUGGGAACUCGUCCCGCAAAGGCUGUCUGUGGGCCCUGAAUCCAGCGAAGGUGGAGAAAAUGCAGGAGGAGCUGCACAAGUGGCGUCGCAAGGACCCAAUCACUGUUCGCAGGAGCAUGGCGAGGCCAGAAUGCCUUGAUCGUCUCCUGGGAGAUGAACCAGACAAACAAAGGUCAUUGCCACUUUACACCAACAACGCUUUGUUAUCUAGAGUGAGCCCUAUCUUUUCCACCACUUCAUCAUCUCGCACCCCACCCCAAGCUCAACCACCUUGUGUAUCCAUUCGGCAUCCUGAGUAUGCCAGUAUUCAACCUCAGCUGCCCUGCUAUGUUCCCCAUGCCGCUGCUUACCCCAGCAUGUACUCACCCUGUGGACAGCCAACAGCCAACGGGAGCCUGAACUCACCCAUUGCUGGUAAGAUACCAUCCGCUUACAAUGGCACAACGCAGGCUGACUGCAGCGAUGGCCCGAGGAGCAUGCAGGAGUUUCUCUUGGAGGGAGACGCCAGUUAUGAUGUCGACACGCUCAACCCCAGUCUGACUGACCUGCAGCUGCAAGGCAACAUAUGGGAGGAGCUGAGGAAAGACAGCUUGGUAUCUGAUUUGCAAAUCACCACCACAACACCGACCAUUACCUCUGCUCUGCAGGACCACCACGUUCAGAGCAGCUGCCAGCAGGUCACAGCUCCUACUGUCUAUCGACGAAAAGCAGAGUAUGAGGACGGAAACACAGGCAGUGCACGGGGCUGUUGGAAUGGGUUGCACCCUGUGGUUUAUUCAGGGAUGGAAAGUCUGGCUGGGUAUCUGACCUGCACCACGUCCAUCUCUUUAAUCUAACUGUAACCCCCUGACCAAUUAUUAUUAUUUUAGGCAGCUUCAGUAUUAGCCUGGUGGUUAUUUAACCCAUCAUUUAAUCCUCUGUUUACCACUGUGUGACCGACUCAAUUUCAAUUACUGUAAUCUAUUACCAAAGGAUUAUUACCAGCGUGUUGUUGUAGCGUGAAAGUGAGUGUUAUCUCUCUCUCUAUGCGUCUGCCCUUUGAUUGUCUGGUGACCUGUCCAGGGUGUACUCUGCUUCUUGCUCAAUGUCAGCUGGGAUCAGCGCCUUGUGACUCUCCAAAGGAUAAGGAUUACCUAAAGGGAUAUAGCUGAUAGAGGGACAGAUAGUUCACCCGUAUUAAAAACAUAAACAUAUGUAAAUUAUUAGAGGAUGUCCUCUACUUAAGCACCUUACCUGAACUGGCUAUAACCUGCAACCUUUUUUAAAAAUUAAAUGAGCUUUAUAGCGACUUUCAGCUCAUUAUUUUGCUGUUCACGUGCAACUUUAUUAAUCACUGUUCUCAUAGAGUCAUUUUUGGCAGUAGCAGUCAGCUGUUUACCCACAGUGCCUGUUUAGCAGCAUGGUGGAUCGUUUAGUAGUAAAGGAGCCAAAUAUUUCCCUCAGGAGUUAGUGGAAACCAAAUAAAAAAAUCAGGUGGCCAAUAACACAACCCACUAAAUCGACUCAAAAGUUGAUGUUGUGUUCACAUCUUCACAUCAUUCGCAUUGUAAAUUUUUUCUAUUAAAAACAAACCAGUGACAUAAUCUGUUGUAUAUUUUAGAUGAUUGGCUCCAUUGUGAUGUGGCCUCAGCACAAGAAAAGUUUUCCAUUUGCUUCAGCUGAUGUUAAAUCACAAGCUUACGUUAUGGACGAUGUUAGAGCUGCUGUGAUGGCAACAGUGUAGUAAGUCUGUUGUCACAGAAGAUGGCAGCAAAGACACUUUGUGACCUGCAGCUUGUUUCAUGUGAUUCAUGUUGUCAUCUGAUUUUACAGUCACAUCUUUUGCUUUAUUUUCUACUUACGUUGUCCACGUUAAACAGCCUUGACAUGAUGAAACGUACAACAAACAAACAACCUGCUAACUUUAUAUGAGAUAUUAUUUUAGCAACUACUA